AAAGUUAUAAACAAAUAGGUCAGUUUAAUUUUAGGGCUUAUAAGUUAGUUUGACCAACUUAUAAACUUAGACAAACACCCCUUUAGUCCUCAUUUUCUGAUAGCUAUAUGAGUGUAAUUAGGGGGUGUGGUGUGGGAACUGGAAAAACUUGUAAAUUACGAGCUUAUAUAUUCUGGAGGAAGUGUUUUGUUUAAAAUACAAAUACUUACAAGGAUGGGUUUCAUGUUCAUUCUUCCACAAUCACGUAAACACUAUAAACUAAACUAGUGGGCUUAUCAUGUAUCAAAAAUAAAGAUUUAUUUUUGGAUGAGCCUUGACCCAAAAUCAAUGUUUCUCACAGAGCCCAAACUUAAUACGAUUUUGUGAAUAUUCUUUAGCCCUGGGCUCUUGGAUAAUUGACUAUAUUUACUUGGCCCUGUAUUUUUUGCCUCAUUCACAAAUUUACGCUGAUGAAAUUAUUCAGUCAAAAGCAAUAGAGAAGCCACCUACAAAUGAUUGUUGUUUUCAACUACGACGAAGGAACAAGUACAAACAUAUGUUAUUUGGACUAUUUGUUCCAUAUGUUCUUUCUUGCUCGAUACUGCAAGCUUCUUGAGGAGAACUCUUUCAGGGGAAGGAUUGCAGAUUUCUUUUACAUGCUUUUGUUUGGAGCAACAUUUUUAACAGGAGGCCAUCUAAUUUUCUUAAAACAUACAAGUGUAUGUGUGGAGCAAACAAAAUCCUUUCAUCCAUCUGAGUUUUUUGGGUUUGUUUACAUUUACCGCAACUUAUCUACCAUGGUUCAUGGGGAAAAAAAUAUACACAGAUGGGGAGAUUGAUGAAGUUAGAGAAGAAAGGACGAUCAAACUUUUUUUAGUUAUUGAUGUUUCAUUGAUGUCAAUGUUUCAAUGAUGGAAGAAAUAUGUAUCAAACUUUUGUUGAAUGAUAUACUACUAUUGUUGAAUUUCGAUUACUAAAUUAAUUGAAAGAUUGUUGAAUG